AGCCGCUGGCACUGGAAUGUCAACAACCCCAUCGAACAGAGCUGUUGCAAAAUCGAAUGACAUCCAAAACACGAAUAGCCUGGGGUUAGCUUGCUUGCUUGCUAGCCAUAAAUCUUGAAAUGCUGUUGGCGAUUAUAAAUUCGAUCAAUUAGCAGUGGCAAGAUAAUGUUUUAUACCAAAAAGACAACGUUUAUUUAGAUAGCGUUUAGAUAAACGUUGACACAAUUUAAGUUGUAAAUGCUAGCUAUCUUGCUAGCUUGUUGGGUAUUUGUUCUUUCCAUGUGACAGCAACUGCACAAGCUAACACUAGACCAGGUAAACCAAACUACCCAGCCAGAUAAGAACCGUUAAUGUGUUGUUGCAAGCGCAUAUCUAAAAAUAUAUUUCUAAGUUAUGAGUUUUCAUUUUCACGGAUACAUCAACAACGUAGUGUAUCUGUUAGUCUCUACUUAGCUAGCUAGCUAACUGAGCUACCUGUCAAGAUUACAAGAUAGCGAGCUAGCUUGCUAAUUUUAGCUUGCAAACUGAGAAGGGGCUAGAUCCUUAGAUAUCACACACGUUCGUCUCGCUAUUUUAAUUCUAUUUGUCACGAGCCGAGCUAUCGAUGAGGAUAACUUGGCUAGUAAACAAGCUAUGCUAGCCAGGUAGCUAACAACAUUUCAUAAACAUAUUCAUAGUUUAGAUUGUACGUGUGAAUAAUGAUUUUCUUAAUAUGCAAAAACAUACGCAGCGUAGAAAAUACAAUACCUAGCUAUCCGCCAUUCCAUAACAACAUCGGCCACAAAGAAAGGCAAUUAAUGGGCUUUUUUUCAUAACUUAAUUGAUUUUUAGAUUGCUAUUGUAUACAUUCUCUUCCGCUAUGUUGCGUAUUUCCGUUUCCUUUUGACCUCUCCAGUCAACUGGGAUUUGUAGUUCACACGCAUUUGCGCAUUAUUAUUAUUAUUAAAGCCAUCUUCUUAUGUUGGUUAUGGCAUAGCCAGAGAAGGCUAAUCUGAUUGAAAGUGGGCCUAAUGGCUUUAAAGGAUAUACUGACAUCUAAUGGCUUGAUAAUCAUUGGCUUCCUGUGUUCUUAAUGUAGGGCUAGGCCUAUCUUAUGUGACUGUAGGCCUAGUCAGGUCUUCUAGGCUAUUUCAUUUUCAUUAGUGAAAUAACUUCUGCUUAGCCUACUUCUACCUGAAAUAACUAUUUAAUGCAAGCCCUUCAAAAUAAGCAACUGCCCUCCAGUUAGGCUAAAGCAGCCUAGAUUCUUGUGCAUUUAGCUCUGAUUUAGCUCUGAUUUAUUAUCUAAUUGCCUAGAUGCAGAUAGGCGUAAGGGAAAUUUGGAGGAUAUAUUCGUUUCGAGCUAGUUCAACCAUGCUCUGUUAACUAUCAAUGAGAAAUAGCCUCAUUCAAGAAUGGACCGUCUUUUUUUAUUUUCCUCGGUGAUAUUUUUUCUAGUGGACGGUUCUUUUUAUGCCUGCUUCAUCCUUAUAGCGCACAGAAAGGGGAGGGAAUCUCGGAGGUUAACGGGGAUCUCCUUGUCAACGUCAUGUAGCGUUGGUGCGACCGUGGGAUCCAGCGAAACAUGCAGUAGACCGGGGGGUGACGGACAAUAUGCAGCAGUGGGAGGGUUCGGGAAAACCCACCGUUCUCGGCUGUUCAAUGGGAGGAGCCAAUCGGCGGCGGUAGCAGUGUGAAAGAGCGCUGACAGAAGGGUGACGGGGCUCUGGGGACAGGAAGUGAGCUCGUCAUGACGAUCAGCGCUCCGUCGUCCUUGGACAUCUGAGAAGCGGACAGCGAUAAAAUCGACACAGAGAGAGAGAGAGAGAGAGAGGAUCUUUUAUUUUUUUUUUGCUUUUUGUUUAUUUCUUUGUUGGCUUGCAUCCUUGUUCAACAUGCCCUCUCACUGGAAACGCUCGUCUCCCAGACACCCGUCUUUCUCCACCAAAAGGCCUUUCUGUCCUUACCCACUCUGCAAGCCGUGAGCCCAAAUACAUUGAAUUCAAACGCACACACGCACACACGCACACACGCACACACGCACACACACACACACACACACACAUACACACACACACACACUCACACACUCACACACACUCACACACACACACACACACACGAACACACACACAACACACACACACAGACACGCGCGCGCACACACACGCUCCACCACCACAGGCCUUGUCCUGACCUGCUGACUGCAUGACUGUUUGGCCGGCUGGACUGAUUGGCGGCGCGCGACCAUGAAGAGACCCAAGCAGCAGUCGCAGCCCCUCAGCUUCCUCAGCUUCUUCAGCCGCAAGCCCAAGUCCGACCCCAGGAUCGAGAAGCCCUCAGGAGCGGUGAGCCAGGAAGUGGCUAUCACGCUAACGCCCAAUGAGCAGGAACCAGCGGAGCAGGACCAGAACGCUGCAGCAGAGAGCCAGGGGGAGAUGGCUGGCAGUGGUGUGGAUGGUUGUGGAGAGGGAGGGGGAGGAGAAGGAGGAGGAGGAGAAGGAGGAGGAGGUGGAGGCAGGGGUGGGGCGGUGGCCUCUGCCGCCAUGGAGACGUGCUGUCCGGGAGACCACGGCAAGGGCCUCACCGUCCCGGCGCCCAUGACAGGGGCAGCGGCGUCCGCGUCCGGGGCUUCGGCCGACUGCGGCAGCGGCUCAGGCUCCACGGGCAUGCUGACCCUCUCGCUGUCCAGCCAGGACCAGCUGCAGAUGGAGCACCUGGAGGAGUGUCCUCUGUGCCUGCUGAGCCAACCGCGCGAUCACUUCCCCCGCCUCUCGUCGUGCCCGCACCGCGCCUGUGCCGACUGCCUACGCCAGUACCUGCGCAUCGAGAUCUCCGAGAGCCGCGUGGGCAUCGCGUGCCCGCAGUGCCCCGAGGCCCUGGCACUGCCCGACGUGCGCGCCAUCCUGGACGACAGCUCGUUGCUGGAGCGCUUCGAGGAGUACCAGCUGCGCCGCUUCUUGGCAGCGGACCCGGACACGCGCUGGUGCCCUGCGCCGGACUGCAGCUACGCAGUGAUUGCUUACGGUUGUGCCGAGUGUCCAAAGCUGAGUUGCGGACGUGAGGGGUGCGAUACGGAGUUCUGCUACCACUGCCGCCAGCUGUGGCACCCUGACCAGACCUGUGACCAGGCCCGGCGCCAACGGGCGCGCUACACCACGGGCGCCGAGGCCUCCACGCUCUACGUCUUCAACGAGGAGCAAGGCGGCGACGCAGAGGAGAUUAAGGCCUGCCCCCGGUGCGGCGCCUACAUCAUGAAGACCAACGACGGCAGCUGUAACCGCAUGAACUGCACCGUGUGCGCCUGCCAGUUCUGCUGGCUCUGCAUGCAGGAGAUCACCGAUGUGCACUACCUCAGUCCCUCGGGCUGCACGUUCUGGGGGAAGAAGCCGUGGUCACAGACCCGGAAAGUUCUGUGGCAGGUGGGCAUGCUGCUGGGCGCGCCGGUGGUCAUCUCGCUCAUUGCCGGCAUCGCCAUCCCCGUCAUCAUCGUGGGCAUCCCCAUCUUCAUGGGCCGAAGGGUCCAUGGUCGCUGUAAGAAAAACAAUAUCUCAGGAAGCAAACACUACUUGACUGUGGCCAGUGGAGUUAUGAUGUCUGUAUUUGUGUCUCCAGUCAUAGCGGCUAUCACUGUGGGUGUGGGGGUUCCGCUGAUGCUGACGUAUGUCUAUGGCGUGGUGCCGAUGUCGCUCUGUCGGAACGGUUGGUGCAGACCGCAAAGCGAACGGCCCGAGGCGCAUAAAAUUCAACUGGAGGACUUAGCCAACUAUCUUCUAUUUUCUCAUGUAGUCAGUGACCACUGGACUGGUCAGCCCAAGCCGGCGCUCAGCGACGCCAGCUUACAGGAAGUCAGCGUCGCCGUGGAGAGCGUCGCCAUGGAGGUCGCCGCCGGCGUAGCCUUGCCUGGCACCAGCGCCGUUCUCACGCCGUGCCCCGACUCCCCCAACGACUCCUUGCCGGGCGACUGCGUCGUGGCCGUGGAACGAGAGGAGGAGGAGGACGAGGAGGAGGAGGAGGACGAGGAAGAGCAGUCGGAGCCGGAACCAGAGUGUGCUUUCAGUAGCAGCCAGACGUUUGCCUUGAGGGAGGGGACCAAUAUCGAGGUGCGGGUGGAGAUCGAGGCGCAGCCCCGCGGCGCUAGGCAACCCAGCCUCAGCAGCGUGCUCUCCAGCCGGAGCCUGUCCGUCGAGUCCCUCCACCAAUCCCAAGAGCCGCUGUGUGCCUCCCAACUGGCCGGGGGACGAGACGUCCCGCCCACAUCCGAGACGGACAGCGUCUGAUCUCCCCCCCCGCUAUUCGUCGUCCCUCCAAGGCUGACCACUUCCCUGUUUUCAACCACGCCCACUGCUUCUCCCAGCCACUUGACUCUUUCUGUGCCUGGAAGUGGAAUGGGUGACAAUAAGAGACAAGAGAGAGAGAGAGAAAGAUAGAGAGAAAGAGACAGAGUGAGAGAAAUGACUUGAAGAUAUGGAGCAGAUAAAAAAAACGAGGCAGCUGUCAAUGCCAUAAGGAGGAUUACAGAGAAAACAAGCGGGGGGAAAAAAACAGACUCAUACAUAAACGACAGAGAGCAUGUUUGUCAGCUAGUUUGAUGGGUGCUUUAGCCCUACGUUUUCUGUCCUCUUCUUUUUUAAUUUUAAAUGUGAUUUAAUGAAAGAUUUGCCUCUUCGGAUGCGGUUCUAUUUUUAUUAUUUAUUUGUUUUUAACAUUCCUUUUCAGCUGUGUUCUAGGAGUUUGACGCCAUACAGAGUUUAUUCCCUUGCACCAUCCGACUAACUCUUCUCUCCUGAGACAUUUCCAAUAGUUUAGGAGCAUGAUUUCCUCGGCAAGGAACGCGUGUAGCCAAAAUGCCACACAAGCGCCAGGCGGCGUACCCUGGCACGGUUGGCGAAGGGAGCGGAGCAGAAGCUCUCCUUGGCCCGCACGCGCCGCUGCGACACUACGGGCGACCGAGAAACAGGGUUUCGUAAAAUGGGGCUUUCCCAUAUGGUGUCUCUCGUGGUGCACUCUCUUCAAUUAUGCAAGCCCUUCUUACGCAAUGGCCUCCGCCCUCUGUGUCCCACUUCCCACUGCGACAGCGAAGACAUCCUGGCCCCUGAGUGGGUCUCUCCAGAUUCUGCGUAGCCCUCAUUAAACAAUAAUUAAAAAAAAAAAAAAAGUCAUUUUGUCUGCUGCAAAACGAAACUGUCUUCAGUGUGUGCCACUAGAGGAACCUGCUUACUUGUUAAUCCGUUCUGAUUAGCCUCUAUUUACACAAAUGAAAAGGUUGCAUGAAGAACCAAUUAAGGAGGUUCUUUGCGGAUAGACAUCUGAAUAAAGAAAAUGACCUUGAAAUGAGUCUUGAAAAGAACCCAUCAUCACCAGGGUGGGUCUAAGUAGAACUUACUAAGGUUCUUUUAAUUGGGAACUUUUUUUUUUAAUGUCCUCCCAAAAAGUCUUAGUUCCUACGAGUUUCUUCUUGAGCAGGCCAAGGCCUGUGAGAACCGGAACAACCAAUUGAUAACAGAUUUAAUGAUCGAACUCUGACUGUAAUGACAUCAUUCAGCACUGGCCCACUAAACUGACCCCCCAUGUUCCAUUCGGUUCCCUCUCGACUCACGUAUCAGCUCAGCUGAUGUGAGAUGAGAAAGGUGUCAGUGAAUGGCGGCUGAGAAACAUUACUAUGUCAUUACCCUAUGGUUGCCAUUCUCAAAAGGAGAAAAGGUUUAACUAGUUCCUCAACAAACAAAAUGACCGCUCCGCCUAGAACCACUUCCAACUAACCCCCUUUUUUGCACUUCUGUUAGCGAAGGUUCUUCACUGGCAUGUUGCUGUAAUUGAUCUGCAAGGGUUCUCCGUACAAUUCAACAGUUUCCCAUAGGAGCUGAAGGGCUGAAGAAGGGUCCAAGACCCCUGGGCCAGGGCUGUAGCAGGACGUACUGUAUGCAUUUUCAUAUUAACAAAUAGUCAAUGAAUCGGCACAUAUUGUAGAUGUAUAACUAAACUGAUGGACGAUGGGGCCUGAACUAUUUUUUUUGUUUUUUGUUUCAUCGUUUCGUUUCACGUGAGGACUGCAGUUGUAAUAAACCCGGAGGAUCCUGCCGCACAGCUUGACAUCUCCACGCUUGCAAUCGGCCGGCCGUGCUGCAGAGCAAUAGUGACGUCACCAGCGAGGAGAGGGGAUCCAACAUGGCUGUGUUUCCUUCCCCCCCGCCUGCUUCUUCUCAGAACUGGGCACCAAAGGUCUCAUGGGCCAGACACCAAAACUCCAGCAUGCCAGCUGCUGCAGCUACCAUACAGUACCACUCUCUGCUAUAGGAAGUCCACACAUGGUAGAGGAGAAAACAGACUUUAAUAAAUAAAUAGAUAAAUAAAAUGAAAUAAACCAAGAUCAGCAGGCUCCUGGGAGACAUCUUUACUCGUCUACAAGGG